AUGUUGUAUCCAGUAGGACCCAUUUAGUUAAUUAUGUCAUAUACAUAUUUAUUCUUAGCUGCAGAUGAUGUUAUCAUAAUUAUUAAAAGAUUUGUAAUAGACUUAACAGUAUUGGUGUUAAAUUGGGUCUCAUGGACUUUUGAACUGUAACCAUAGUCAAAUGUUUAGUCCUUUUAUCAAAUAAUUGCAAUAUGUUUGAUAUAUUUUCUGUUGUGUAAAUUAUCAAUAAAUAUUGUAUUAAAUAUUGAUAUUUACAUUUUACAUUUACAUUUUAGUCAUUUAGCAGACGCUCGUGUGGAUAUUUCUCAUACUUCCUUCUGUCCAGAUAUGUUUUAUGGAACACUGUUUGCUCUAUUUUGGGAACGAUCACCAACACUAUCACAACAUUGCCGAACUCAAUUUAAAUGCAACACAACUCUCUGAUUACAUGCUCACAGUCCACUUUCAGUGCAGCAAAUGAUGAACACUUACAGUAUCUAUGCAUUUAGUGGAAAAACUGUGUAAAUAUAUGGUAUAACAGUACAAUCAUCAUCACAUUGUUGCUAUCAUCAUAGUUCCAGUCGCCUGAGAAGGAGAUAUGCUCCGCCUGCCUGACCCCUGUCUACCCCAUGGAGAAAAUGGUGGCCAAUAAGCUGGUGCUUCACAACAACUGCUUCUGCUGCAAACAUUGUAAAAAGAAGCUCAGGUGAGAUGUUUCCUGCGAUACCAGUAUAUUAUCCAAUGCAAAAUCCAUCAAUCAACAAAUAUAGAAUUUACCGUUACAUGAGAUAUGCAACCACCUAUGAUCUUUAAUGUGUGAAUUCUCAAAAUCUAUUUCUAAUUGACGCCAUUCUAAAUCAUUUUAAAAAGGAAUGAGAAACUAAAUCAAGCAAACAAAAACAAAAAAAAUUGUCCAUUUAUAAUUUCUAAAAGGCCUACAACAUCACUAUAUAUAUAUAUAUGUUUGUUUUUGACUUCAUUGCAGCAUUCGAAACUAUUCAUCUCUUUACGGAGAAUUCUACUGCAUUUCCCACUACGACCAGCUUUUUAAAAGGAAGGGAAAUUAUGAUGAGGGGUUUGGGCACAAACAACACAAAGAUCGCUGGCUUCCAAAACCCCAAGAACCUGAACCAGAUAACAAGAAUGACAAGAAGACCCCCAAAGGCUCUACAAGGUCUAAAGGCUCUAAAGCUAACAUGACAGUUGGUAAUUUUGUCGAUGGUUUAGCAGAGCCCUCUGCAGGUGUGUUGUCUCUAAUUCCAAAGUCAGUCAGGGAACCUAUUAGUAACAGUAGUCCUGAGAGCAGGAACAAGCUGAAGCAUAGUUGGCCACCAGAGAAGAAAUGGACAGGGGUUAGUCGUCCAGGUGCACAGCAGGUCAACACGCCAAGGACACCGAGACCAAGCGUUCCAGUUACCGACACAUCAACUCAGGAAAGGUCGUUGAUUAAUCAUAGAUCAGAAAACCUAGCAGGGAAAAAUACACCAAAGAGCAACCAGGUUGAAGUAAGGAAAGAGGUGCUUUCAGGACAGGACAAGAUGCACUCUAUUGCUACACCUUCAAGAAGGAGGGAAAUAUCCAAAACAGAUGUGAUUGACUCACCUGAGACACCUUGUACAGAGAAGGUCAGACCAUGGAGUGUUUCAUCCAAAAGAGCCCUCUUUCAACAGGAAACAGUGACAACGGUGAAAACGGUUGUCUCUUCAUCUCGUACAGUGCCAGGAAGCUCAGUCACCACCACAAAACAGAAAACAGAGCAGGUUAACUCAUCGCCGUCAGCAAUAAAUAAAUACAAUUCGAUUUCUGAUGGGAAGACUGAUUCUCCGGGCAAAACUAAAAAGUAUGUUCGGUUUUCACCAAGCCUUGAUGACGAUCUGGACACAGAGGACAGUCCAUCUGCCUCUGAGUUGAAUUCAGAUACAGAAAAUGAGAAUCAAAAUGGUCACCCAGGUUAUGCUUCUAUUGAGGGGAUAGAUAACAGGAUAAAAAUGAAGCAAGACCAUUCGUCAGUUGAAGCAGAGGAAAGAGAAGUACAAAGUGAGGCGAUUAACAAUCCACGUCAGUAUAAUUCCCAUGAAAAAAUGACAGAUCCCUAUGAAUACAAUUACCAUGAGAAAAUGGAAGGACUCAAUGGUGAACACGUUGACAGUCCUCAAGCAUCUGUUUCAGAACAUGCAGGUAUUGGUAUCAGCCAGGAGAACCCACAGUUCGAGGUUCCAGUGGCUGUCAACACAAGCAGUGAGAGUGUAAAUGAACCACAUGUUGUCCAAGUAAAUGAUCAUUCAACUCCUGAGGUGAAAACAGUUGGUCUCCCAGAACCUGCAGGGAAGACGGACAUUGGAGCAGAACAAUUGGAACCAUUUGAUUCCGUGGAUCAAAAGGUAAAGGAAAGCGAGCCGAACCUCGAGGAGAAGAAUCGUACAAAUAAUGAAAAUCAAGUUGAUAGCAGUGAUCAAGUAAAACAGCAGGAGACGACCAUUGACCAGUCGAAGGGUGUGGUGAGAUCCAACUCUUUGAAGAGCUCUGUUAACAGGCAGAAUGAGAAGACACCAAUGAAAAAGGGAGGAUCCUGGUCUAAUCGAAAAAGUCCUUUGUCCAAACUUUUCACGUCUGGUGGAAAUGAAAAAAACAGCAAGGCUGAAGCUACGGAUAAGAAGAAACCUGACGCCAAACCCAGGAGCAUCUUGGGAAAACUGUUCCAAUCAUCACCAGAUAAAGGACAGGAAAUGAAGAAAACUCAAGAGACCAAAACAGACACAGAAGAUGAAAGGAAAGAAACGGUGAAUGUUCAGACAGAAGAGAAACACGUUGAAGGUGUGAAGGAUGAGGCAUUUGAUACAGAAAAAGGAAAAGGUGGUGACCUAGUUAAACCCUCACUUUUGGAACAACCAGAGGGUGUAAGCGAUGUCAUUGAAAACUCCCUUUCUGCAGACCUCAAUCCAUUUAACAGUGUUCUAAUUGAAAGUAAUACCACAGACACCCUCCCAUCACUUGAGUCUACAGUUCCUUUGACUGUCCCUGAUUUCACAGGUGACAUUUUAUCUCCUGUAGAGCCUAAUCUGCUUGCCUCUGGAUAUAUCAGCGCUGUGGUGGAUGCUGAGGAUAUGAAUCCAUUCGGUGACCCCGAGCCAACGUCACAGAGAAGCGAAGUUGAAAGCCUGUCAAUUAUCGACACUGUUAUGCCGGUCUCCAGUGAUCUCAAUUCUAGUGCCACCGUUGUGAACGAUACAGAGAUGACAGUUACUGAUAAGAUAUUAGAGGCCUCAACCGAUCAGACUUUAACUUCUAAGAGUGGUGACGACGUAUCCCAUCCAGUUCCUGGAUCACUUUGGGACACAGUUGACGACCCUUUUGGAAAUGGUGUAAAUUCUGUCCCACUGUCCACUCAGACAAACCCAGACUCAUCUCUCAACCUCAUGAAUCAGAUGUUUGGCGAGCUGGGGGUAGAAGAAAACAAUCUCAGCGAAGGAGGGCUUUUUAAUCUGGGUGGAGAGGUUUCUCAAGAACCUCCCAAUCCUUUUGGUCCACCACAACCUCAAGAGGAGAUAUUCAUCAACAUCUCAGGAGACACAUCGUCAUCAACAGUAUCUCUGAGCCAUGCUUUUCUCACUGCCAAUGCUCCUGCUGCUGAUUCCUUCAGCAUGUUAGGGUCACAACUGAAAUCUACAGAGAAUCAAGAUAUAUUCGGGAUUGGUGACGAGCUUAUAGUCCCUGACCAAGCAGGGCAGGAUGAAACCAAUACCACUGAACAAGAUCACACUGAGAUGCAGGGCCAAAAUAUUUUCGAUUUGAGCACACCCACACCAACCCAGGCAGUGUCGAACGACAUUGAUUUUGACAUAUUCGGCACAGAGAGUAGUGUUAGUUUCCCUGCUCAAUCACCUGCUUCCAAUGUGUUUGGCCAAGACGGAACAGACCCCUUCACGGAUCCUUCCACCUUUUCUGAUGACAUCUUUGGGAUGAGUAAUAAUUCAGUGAGUGGAGACACUGUGACAGAGAAGCCCAGUCAAACCAAUUCCAACUCCAACACCUUUGUUGAUUUCCUA